ACACAGCUACAUCAUAUCUAUCGAGCGAGCUAAUCCACAGCACGGAUACAGUGUUAGAGACACAAGGACGACGACAAUGGCCGCCGCCGCCGCUUGGACGACAACAAGGAAGGCGACGACGAGCACCAGCAAGGCUGCCUUGUCGGCGUUGGCGAGCUGUGUGGCCGCCGCCGGCGGUGUCACUCGUACGACGACAAGCAGCGGAAAAGCGUACCGAAAGGGGUACCUCCCCAUCGUGCUGGUCCGCGGCAGCGGUGACGACGACGAUGCAGGGACGGUGGAGACGGAGACGAUGGUGCUGGUGCGCGUGAGCGACCUCAAGGAGCCGUGCAUGGCCGCGUUGCUGGAGGCGGCCGAGGAGCAGUUCGGGUACGGCCAGCUCGGGGUGCUCAAGGUCCCCUGUGACGCGCAGCGUUUCCACCAUGUGGUGAACAUGGCACGAAAGCAAAUGGUCCGAAGUAGCUAGCUAGCUGCUGCUACUACUAGUGGAUAAGUUAAAAGAUCGAGUUACAUGUAAGCUG